AUAUCUUUCAGGAUUCUCUCCAAGUCUUUGACACCAAAAAGAAGACAGUAUUAGAAAACCGGGGGGUGGAGGCGCGGGAAGGAGUUGUAAAUAUGACUCAGAUUCUCGGUGGCACAAACCUCCAGGGCUCCAUUUCCGAGAUCAGCAUCCUGGACCAGAGCCGAGAGGGUGAAGCUGCCGCGCGUGGAUGGAGGGGACCACGCCCACGCCCGCCCGCUGGGGGGACCGUCACACCACGAGAAUCCCGCCCAACGUUCACCGGCCCAUGCCUACCGAGAGCCCGGAGGGGCGCAGGGCACCACCGCGUCCAUCCCGUCCACGGGCGGACGUGGACGCGGCUCGAGAGGCAGGAAGCCCGGCCGAGACGCGGAGGGUACGUGGUGGCAGGGUGGACGCGAGGCUCACCUCUCCUCCGCGGCGCGGGAGCGUGAGCCGCGGACGCUCCCUCGUGGCUGGCGCGAGCCCCCGGCGGGCGGCGCGCGCGGGCCGCUACCGACCGUUAGCGCGAGGGGCUGCGGCGGCAGCGGCGGCGGGCGGAGCCGGGGGCGGGCGCUGUGGAGCUGAAGGGCCGCCAGAGCGGGAGCGACGCGAGCAGGGCGGGGACGCUCCUGGGCACUCCCCGCGAUCACCCCGGCCUAGCCCGAGCCCCGGAGGACAUUGCCCCCUUGGCUGCCUGAGAGGCCGCCAGCGGUCGGCUCCGCGCGCUCGGGGCUGCUCGGCCUCGCCUCAGUCGCGGCCGGUUCGCUGCCACCUUAGCUGGGCUGUGCCCUCCACAGCCACCGCCGGCUUCCCGUCUCCAUGA